GCGUAGUAAUAGUAUUCUGGCAUAAAUCCUAGGCCCAUGACAUGUCUUGUUUUCACUCGAUAAAAUAGAAUGAAAAUAACCUCAUUUAAAAUAGCGAUGCGCGCUUAUACCAAUAAACCCAAACGUCAGUUGUAAAACGUGCUGUGCGCUUUUAUGUUUACAUAUACCAGACCGCCGGCAUAACGAGCAGGAGAAUUCGUGCCUAUAUAAAUUGGAUGUAGUUUUAAUCUUGUUUUUAGUUUCAGAUUACUGAUUCAUAAGCCGUGUAACUUUGCUUGCAACAAUGACAGUGUACAGAAAAGCGCUUCUUUUUACAAAGGGACUGAUAUACGAAUCUAAGAAUGGUUACAUCAACGCGGCCAAGCAAUUCGACCAGAAUGACGUCAGCGUUGACGUCACAGGUCACGUGUUCAUGGUCACUGGGGCGAACAGCGGCAUUGGAAAAGAAGUGACAAAGGAAUUGGCGAGCAGGGGUGGGGAGGUCCAUAUGGUUUGUAGGAGUUUGGAAAGAGCAAACGCCGCGAGAGAUGAAAUUGUAAAAGCGACAAAAAAUGAGAAAAUCUUUGUUCAUAUUGUCGAUCUAUCCAACAUACGAAGUGUUGGCGAAUUCGCCAAAUCGUUUUCGGAGUCGCACGGAAGGCUCGACACUUUGGUCAACAAUGCCGGGGAAAUGGUGGCCGACUGGCGGCUGACAGAGACAGAAAACCUCGAAGUCAAUUUCGCCACAAAUUCGAUGUCACAUUUUGUGCUUACCGAAUCUCUGCUGCCUCUAAUGGAGAAAAGCGAGCGCCCAAGAGUGGUGAAUGUAACCUCGUCCGGAAUGCUCUUACAAUGCUUGAAUCCAAAAUGCUUCAGCAAAGAAAAACCGAAUAACUUUGAAGCGAUAAUAGCGUACGCUCAAUGCAAACGACAAUUGACCGUCCUAACUGAGCACUGGGCUGAAAAACACAGUUCUGUUCACUUCUCAUGCAUGCAUCCCGGCUGGGUUGACACUCCUGCAGCCAAACGUGGCUUGGGAGAUUUCUACGAAAAAAUGAGUCAUAAGUUUCGUACUCCUGCUCAAGGCGCGGACACUGUAGUUUGGUUAUGCUUGGCCGAGAAAGUGCUGUCAAUUCCCAGUGGUUCUUAUUUUCAAGAUCGUAAAGUAUCAAUGAAGCAUCUACCGUUAGCAACGACUAAGGAAAGUAAGAGAGAUCGCUCUGAGUUCCUAAAAUGUAUGAAGAACCUAGCGGAUAGUUGCACCAAGUAGAAUCAAAGUAACAAGACGACUAUUUCCCCGAUGUUUUAGUUGGUACAUAAAAUGUACAACUAUUUAUUAUAUAUACGAAUUUUGUAGAACCUUGCUUUUUGUAAAUUUGUUGCACUUUUUCUUGCCCCCCGAAAAGGCACCAAAAUAUUUUGAAUAUUUUUAUUGGUGUUUCUUUUUACUUUCUACAUUAUGUGUUCCAGGACUUUAUUUGUGUAUUUGGCGUGUCUCUUCUUCUGUACAAAGCUUUAUUUUUUCGUAUAGUACUGUGGUGUAAGUUAGGAUACCGUAAGCACAUAAUAUCCCAUAUUUCCUGAUGGUGUUUUAAACAAUCAACAACGGUCUAUGGGAGUCGUGAGGAUUCAUUUUUAUAAUUUUGAAAAUAUUCCUUGUUUACUACCAAAUGGGACAAUAAAAAUGCGAAUGAAAAGGCCCUAUCUUACCCUAACCUACUAUUACAAUUGUAAGGUAAUGUAAACAUACGGUUUAUAAAGUUGUAUAAAUUUUUUUUUGUUCAUGCUUUAUGUGCUCGAUUACGAAAAAUACAGUUCACCAUGUACCC